GUGUGCAGUAGAUCGACUUCAGUCAGACAAUGGGAGUCUUGUAAUCCUCUGUACAGAUGCCAGUGGCAGAAACACAACAGCAGGAAGAAUACUGGAAAUUACUAAGGGGGGCGAUUAUGAAAAUGAGCCCUCUGCCUAUGACCUGCAUUCCAGUGGUGGAGCACCACCUGUGGGGGGUUUCAUCUACAGGGGCUGUCAGUCUAGGAGACUUUAUGGCAGUUAUGUCUUUGGAGAUAAAAAUGGUAACCUUCGCAUCCUUCAGAAGUCUACAUCUUCCACAUCAGCGAGUGGUGAAGAGUGGCAGGAAAAAGCUCUGUGCCUGGGCUCAGCUGACUCCUGUGGCACUAUGCUUGUUGGACACAUCUUGGGUUUUGGAGAGGAUGAACUGGGUGAAGUCUACAUACUUGCAAGUAGUAAAAGCAUGGUGCAGUCACACAGUGGGAAACUCUACAAGCUGGUGGACCCGAAAAGGCCUUACACCCCUAAGGAGUGCCAGCAUCAGGUGGAGCCACCGGAGCUGCUGAUGACAGCUUGUUCCAGACACUGUAAGAACGGCCGCUGUACUCCCACCGGCAAAUGCUGCUGCAACCCCAGCUGGGAAGGACAAUUUUGCCGAGUCGCCAAAUGUGAACCAGCCUGCCGCAAUGGAGGAGUCUGCGUGGAGCCCAACAAGUGCCUGUGUAAGAGUGGCUACUCCGGAAACCAGUGUGAGAAGAGCGAGCGGGGUAUGCCCAACGACCAGGAGAAUGGCGGGAUAGUGGACCACAUCAUCGACAUGACCUCGUACCUCUUAGACCUGACCAAGUACGUCGUAUAGUGGUGUGCGGAGGGGGCCGCUCCCCAUCAUCCAUCCUCAAGUCUACACACAUCUACCUUUCGCCCUCAAAAGACUCUUAAAGAGGUUUGCUAAAUGUGGCCCCUUAAUUUCCCCUCACAUUCUCACGGGCAAGCACACACACACACACACACACACACACACACACACACAUGCAGGACCCCAUCAGACUGCUUUUAAACCACAUCACCAUACCAAGCUUUUCCUCUCCUUACCUAUAAGCUACUUGUUCCUGAACACCAGGCCUGGCAUCCAAGCCGUGUUCACAUUUCAGAGAGCCCUGCAGACAGCUGAUUGAUGAGUUCCACUAAGACAUUUCCUCUGCUGCUCUAAAAACGCCUUCACUGGCUCCACAGGAACAGGAACUCUGCCGGAGCGGACUGUUAAAACCCCGAGACUUUUAUGCUGCCUUACGAAAAAUGGAGUUUGAGGCAUUUCAGUGGAGACAGUUGAUUAUUCAGGAGUUCAUUAAGGAUUCAGAAUUGGGUGGCUCAAGAUGCAGUUUGUGUUCACGGUCCGUUGAAAACCUAGCAAAGAAAUAAAUGUCUACGCACUCA